UGGGCGAACGAAAGAGUUGGAGGGCAGAAAACUCAAACUCCUGACGAAUUUCAAGAUUUACAACAAAAAACCGAUGCAAGACACUCUGGAAUAGACAAGCUGCAUAUGGCAACAAAUACUUAUAUUAAGAUUAUGUCGAAAAAAGCGGAUUCGGUUGAAGAAAAAUCAAAAGUUUUACCUUUAGAGUCACUUGGAAGUACCAUGAAAAUUUAUGGCGAAGAAAUUGGCACAGAUACUCCCUAUGGUGAGAAAUAUUUUAGAUUUGGUAAUGCGAACGAAAAGAUUGCCAAAGCACAAAUGGAGUAUGUUUCACGUGUACGAGAUGAUUUCCUCUUUGGAUUAUCAUCUUCUAUUGAAGAAUUUAAGCAAUAUCAACAAUUAAAAAGAAAAUUAGAAUCACGUAGACUUGAUUAUGAUGCAAAACUAAAUAAAGUACAAAAAUCAAAAAAAGAAAAACCAGAAUUAGAAGAAGAAAUGCGUGCUGCAAAAGAAAAAUAUGAAGUUACAAUGGAAGAUAUAAAUAAUAAAAUGUUUGCGCUUAAUGAUUCAGAGGAUCAACAUGUGCAAGAUUUAACUACAUUUUUAGAUGCCCAAUUGGAAUAUUUCAAAGCCGCUUACGAAAUUUUAGAAAGCGUUAAGAAAGACUGGGUUGAGAGGUUUGCAUCAUCUUUUUUUUUUUAA